GGUCAAAAAAAUCAAAAAUGAGAGAUAACGUAAAACGCAUUGCAAAUUACGCAAGUUAAAUUGGUUGAUUUCAUUAAACUUUCAAGAAACAAUUACUAAAAACCUUGAUUAACCCUGGCAUUGAAAGUCUCAUCGAAAACAACUAGUGUUCGUGCGACCGUUCGUUGAUAAACUCGUUUCAAAAUUGGCGGUGUACGAGCUACAUACCGAAGAAAAAUUUCCAUCUUAAAUGCUGCAUUACCUUACGAUAAAUGUUUAGACAUGUCCGUCAGUAAAUUAUCAAAUAUUAAAGCGAUUCUGUUCGAUAUGGACAACACUCUGAUCAACACCAGAGUGGGAGAUAAUCAAACUUGCGAAAAGUUGAGUUACUAUCUAAACGAGAAUUUCAAUUUGGACUUCGAAGCUGCUGAAAAAGUAACCUCAAAAUAUCUGCAAUUGUUUCGUGAAAACCCGCAAAGUUCUGACGUCAGCAUCUACGAAUGGCGCCUUUCCCUUUGGAAAAAGGCCUUGGGUCCGAUGUACGACCAUAUCGCAGACGAAGUAUCAAAAGAGUAUCGUCGAUUGAGAUAUCAUUACGUAAAAUUACCCAGCGAAGUUCGUUCGCUGUUGGACGAAUUACAGUCUUCGUAUAGACUAUGUCUUAUUUCGAAUGGUACUUCUGACGGUCAAUGGGAGAAAAUACAGGAAUGCGGACUCGAGUCGUGCUUCGAAUGUAUUGUUAUCUCUGGCGAGACCCCUUGGAAGAAACCAGAUGCUAAUAUUUUUUAUAAAGCUUGUGAUGAAUUAAACGUGAAACCGGAACAAUGUGUGAUAAUAGGUGAUAGAAUUGAAACUGAUAUCGAAGGUGGAAAGAACGCCAGUUUAGCUGCAACAAUAUGGAUACAUCAUACCAACGAUAGUUACCAGUUGUUACCAGGCGAAAAUAAUUGCCCCGAUUUCGUCAUAAACAAAGUUACAGAACUGAAAGAAAUCUUAUGUCAAUUAAAUUCUCCUGCGCCGCAGGAUACUACAAGAUGACAACGUUCGCCCAAGACGAUUACGAGUUUUCGCUCGUAUCGUCAUUUUUUUAUUAUAUUAUUCGAUGAAAAAUUCUGUGAUAACAGAAUCUACCUUUUUCAUAUUUAAAUUGGGGACUUUUUACGGAUAGUGGUCUUAUUUUUAUACUGUAUUAGUGAGAAUUGAACAAAUGGAUCUGGUUGGAUAUACUAUGAUUGCGCAUGUUACCUAAUGAUUUUGUACUGUUUUUUCUACGUACCUAUUUAAUCGAUGUUUUGUUGAGUUAUAUCUAUAUCUUUUUAAGCGGGUUGUUGAAAUUUAUACUUAUUUUAAAUGUAUUUGAUUACCUGCUGCGGUGCCUUCAAAUUAAAACUAGUACGUUUUUUCCAUAUCAAUUCUCUUUUAUUCUUAUAUACAGGUGUAGGUUUACUAUUUUUACUAUAAAUUCUCGUUUUUCACUGACCAUGUAUCUCUUCUCUGCGGGCCUAUAUUGAUACUCGUUCUUUUCUCAGGUGAAUUUUCAAUUACCUACUUACGCUAUUUACGUUAUUUUCCUUCCAUUUUAUUCGUAAUUCGUGUUGAAAUACAUUCGAUAAAUAGAAUUUACUAUUUACAUUAGUAUAUUUUUGAAAUAAGUACUUUAGUAUUUGAAGAUUGUUCAAGUAUGCUGGAGCUAAUUUUGCUGUAGUAAUUUAUUUUUUGUUUUAAAUUCAAAUCUUUUUAGAAACAGUAUCAAAAUAUUACUUAGAAGGUGGUUUGAAAUUUUGAAGUGAAAAACUUCUUCAGAGAAUUUCAUCUGGUAUUAAAAGGGCGCUAUUUGGAUAUUUUUUUGAUUUACAUGUUAGUGUUUUACAAUAAUGCAAUUGGUAGCUUUUCUUUAUGGUUUAAGAUUCGUUUUUCUUUAUAGAAGAUUGAGAAAAAUUGAAAAAUUACUCGUACGUAUUAAAAUUGGAUUAUAGAUUCAUCAUAAAUAAUGUUUUGAUUUUUCUCGUUAUUAUACGUAGGAUAUGCCUAUAUUUUCUUUGUUUGAAAAUCCUUGAGCAUAAAUUAACUCAGAGUUUAAUACUUACUUAUUUUAUUGUUGAUAAUUUGUGUUUGAUAUGAUUUAUGCUUUGUGUUAUUUUUUUAAUGGCAGUUGUCCUAAUAUACAUAAGAAUUGUGAUUUUUUUCUUGAAAAUUAUGUUACCAAUUGUUAUGUAUUAAAAAUCUACGUACCAUUU